AUGGCUUCCUCAAAAACCAACUACGCCUACACAACCCUCAUAACGCGCUCCUCCUACCUCGCCGGCGUCAUCGUCCUCGCCUACACUCUCAAGAAGUACAAGGCCCAAUACCCCCUCGUAGUCCUCUACACCUCGAGCCUCGACGCCUCCUCCGUUUCCGCCCUCGAAGCCGAAGCGUCCCACACAAACCUCAUCCUGCGCCGCGUCUCCCCCCUCCUCCCGCGCGCCGACAUCCCCAUCAACCUCAUCGCCGAGCGCUUCGGCGACACCUGGACCAAACUGCGCGUCUUCGAGCUAUGGCAAUACGACGCGGUCUGCUACCUGGACGCGGACAUGAUCCUGCGCAAGGACAUGGACGCCAUCUUCGACAUCCAGCUGCCAGGCGACGACUGGAUCGCCGCGAACCACGCGUGCGUGUGCAAUAAAGACAAUGACGCGUGGGCGCCGGAGGAGUGGAACGAGGAGAACUGCGCGUACAGCCUCGUGAGGCAUCCCGAGGCGCUGACGGAGCCGACGCCCGUGACGGAAGGGAGCAGGCCGACCCACCAUCUGCUGAACUCGGGGAUGUUUUUGUUCAGGCCGAGUGAGGGGCUGUGGGAACGGAUGAUGGAAUUCUUCAACACGAGUGAGAAGUUGGGGGAGUUUAAGUUUCCGGAUCAGGACUUCUUGGCGGAGUUUUUUAGGGGGAGGUGGGUUAGUGUUGGGUGGCAGUUCAAUGCGCUCAAGACGAUGCGGUAUUGGCAUCCGGAGAUGUGGAGGGAUGAGGAGGUGGUUUGUUUGCAUUAUAUUGUGGAUAAGCCGUGGGCAAAGAGGGUUGGGGAGGAUGGGGUUGCGGGAUAUUUGGGAAGAGAUGGGGAAACGCACAAGUGGUGGUGGCAGGAAUAUGAGGACUGGGUGAGGGAGAGGACGAGUAAAGGCGAAGAAGAACUUGUCAAGAACGUCGGGCACUAUGUGGCCGGCGGAGAGGGUCAGGACAGCGAUGACAUGAGGGCAAUUGGGAGUCAGGUGCAAGCUUUUGCCAACAACAAGCCGAAGGCGAAAGACAAUCCGAAUGAGAAGCCUAAUGACAACACUGAUGGCAAGCCCUCAGAGAACGCAGAGCAAAGUGAAGAGGAUCACCGGGAAGAGCCGCAGCAAGGUCCACAUGGUCCCGUACUCAGGAAGAAAAUGUUGGGCGAAAGAGGCCAUGGCCCAGUUGUUCGUGGUGGCUAUGGAGAUUUGGUACAUCCUCGUGGGAGAAGCAUGAUGGAUCCCUGA